AAUGUAAAUUGUAGAUUGAUAUUGUGACGGUUUAAUGCUAUAUCUUCUAUUUCGCAUGGAAAAGCGCAUCUACUAUAUUUUGUUUUAAUGUAGCAAAACGUCUAAAAAAAUAACUUGUUGUACAAUAUUAUGCUUUGUAUGGAAUUAUAUAUUUGUUCUAUUUUCUGUGAAUAUUAUGCAUAAUUAUGAUGGUCAAUUUUGUAUAAUCAUAGUAGGAUGCAAUAAUAGCUUGAUCAAAAACAAAAAUAUGGAAAUCAUAUUAAAUUAGAAAACACGUACUAUUUUUAAAAUUAAUAUAGAGUAAUAUAAAAUAUAUCAAUAGAUGAAGCGUUUUAAUGUUUCGUUUGUUCAUAUAUAUCUAAUCAUGAGACGGAUUAUUACAUAGAGUUAAUACAUGAUAUAUAACAAGAUGGAACUUUCACCAAAGAAUAAUUGGGUUGAAGUAUUGCAAAAUUUUUCGUCACAUAAAGAAUAUGAAAAAUUGGAUAAAGUAGACAUUGCAAAUGAAAACAGUAAUCAUUGCAAUGAUUUAGGAAGUAGUGAUGAUGAGGAUAAAACGCUUUGUAAAAAGGUAGAACAAAAUUUAAGAAGGUUAUCUACUUUACAUGGUGAUGAGCUUAAAAGUGGUUGUUAUUACUUCCAACAUUGGUUCUUCGACAAUAUAGCCAAAAAAUAUUAUAAUGGAAAUGAUAGAGGUAAGAAUUAUGCUGUGGCUGAGAAACUUUUUGAUAUAGUAUCAACACUUACUCCAGUAUAUUCUAAAAUGGAAGCAUGCAAAUGUUAUUUUGAACCUGGUAAACCUGAAGAUUGGAAAAAGAAAAUAUUUGCAUGA